CGUGUCGACGAACACGGGAGCACGCAGCUGUUUUGUCGGUACGCUCCGGUGAACGGCCAAGCUGAAAAUACACCCAGGGCGUCGACUUUAAUCAAACUGUUGAUGAAGAGGCUGCCCCCCGAGCAGUGGGAAAGGGACCGGGCAAGGUCAAAGGUGAAGACAGCGAGCGGUUAAAUACCUUGAGGGGCGCCGAGGAGUUUCCCCGUUUGACCUAGACGGCGUCAGGUCAGCGUUGGAAGUUGCUCCGUAGAUUUUCAGGGAAACUUAGCAAAGUCGGGGAACGUCGACGUGUGGUUUUAACUCCGUUUUCAACGACAGCGUGGAUGCGUUUUUCGCGUCGGGACAGUGAGCUUUGUCAGAUUUGGAUGGCCAUGUUUCACGUUUGAGGAAGAAGCUUCUCAGGAGGUUUACCUGACAUUGGGAACAGCAUCGGAUCUUGGGUGGCCCCUGAGUUCCCUCGAGGUCCCUCGAGAUGGAGGAACAGGUGAAUCCACUGGAGAGAGACCACUCCCUGUCUGUGGUUCUGCCAGGGGGACUAGAGAAGAACACCACGGUGCAUGGAAGUAAACCAGUGAUGGACUUACUGGUGACCCUUUGUGCAAGUUACCAUCUGAAUCCGUCUGACUACACUGUCGAGGUUCUCUCGCCUAACAAGAACAACAUCCGCUUCAAACCAAACUCUCCUAUUGGCUCACUGGAAGCGGAGAAGAUUGUGCUGAAGCCUAAAGGUGUGGAGGAAAAGAUCAGGAGGCCAUACGUGCCAGAGGCGACUGUACGUCUGUUGAUCAACUACAAUAAGUCCCAUAAGGCUGUGGUGCGAGUGAAUCCCAGAGUGCCCCUUGAGAUGCUGCUGCCAAUGGUGUGUGACAAGUGUGAAUUUCAAGAAGCAACUACCAUCUUAUUGAAAAACUCUCAGUCCAAAGAGCCGCUGGACCUUACCAAAACCUUAAAUGACCACGGAGUGAGGGAAGUGUUUGCCAAAGAUACAGCUGGUAAGGAGCCUGAUGACCAUCAGCACCAACCCAAGACACCUGAAGCAGCUGUCACACCAACACUGGUCAUCUCACCACCUGCACUAGAAGAUUUUGCAGACCUGCCACAGAAGGAGAAGAAACCGAAAGAGAACACAGGAUUCCUCAGUUUAUUUAGAAGAAGGAAGAAAAAACCCGAAAUGGAAGGGGCAGUGAGUGCUCCAGCGUCUCCUGGUCUCGAUAAACAAAUGGCAGUCUGUAUGAAUGUGCAGGAUGUUCCCUCUAACACCCUGCCGGCAGAUAUGCCCAAGAAGAGGCGAGCCCCCGAGCCGCCCAUGGCUGCAUCACAGAGUGUCCCCAACAACCUCAGCACCUGUCAUCUAAGAGGGCCACAGAGGUCUGCAGAAUCCACCUUAAGGAGUACCAAGAGAAGGGCCCCACCCCCUCCCUGUACACACACACACCAGGAGCUGCAGGCAGACACACAGGUUGAAGGGACUGUAGACUCUCUGAACACUCUGGAGGAGUUGAGAGAAAGUGAUGAGUCAGACUCUGUAAACCUAUCACUCUCCCCAUCUUCAUCACCACAUCCACCACAGACACGGUCAUCGUCAUCCUCAUCCUCCUCCCGUCCAUCAUAUGAUCCAUAUCUUCCUUCAUUUCGAGGGAAAGAUUUAUCUGAUGCCCGCUGUGCUCUUGCCAAAGUCCUGACAUCCUCUGUUUCCAAAGGAACACUGGUCAAGCGUUUGAGGAAUUCUGCCGCCUUCCCAAAAUUAUACAGUGGCCCCUCCUCUAUGUCCAUGACUCAGAGAUGUCCAGAUAAUGGGGUUCUCUGUGCUGAACUUGAUUCUGUUCUUAAGUCCAACUUCUCCUCUAAGCCUGAGUGGGAGGAUCCUCUACAGAGGAAGGUAAAGACAACUUUCAAAGUGGUUCCCUCGAAGAAACAGAAGUCCCAUGACCCAGAACUCGCUCUUGAUGUCCCAGAGCAGUGCCAGGUAACAGUAGAAGAGAACCCUGAGAGUGAAGCCUCUCCUGAAGCUACAGAUAAUCAUACUGAGACUGAGGAGGAUUCAUAUUCCCCCGAUAGAUCAGACACUGAAACACCCUUGCCUAGUCAGGAGCUCUCUGCUCAGGAGAUCCAAGCCACUGACGGGCCAGACUCUCCUCCACCUCCACAUGAUUUAGAUAGUCAAGACUGCACAGGUUCACCUCUUUCUGAGGAUGGGGACAACGAUGAGGGGCAGAAAAAAGAGCAGGAUGAACCUAAAGUCACAUCUGAGGUGACAGCAGCUGUACUGUCAGACCGCAGUGAUGAAGAACUUACCAGUGAUUGUCAGAACAACUCGGAAGAUCAGAGUGAAUUUCUUCUAAGCCCCAGUGGACAGUCUGUAAGUACAGACAUGGACCAGUGUGGCUCAUACACUGACGAGAAGGAAGUUGAGGAAGAAUUGGUACAAGAAGAAGAGGACGACAAUUUCCCUACCCCUCCUCCACCUGUCUUCUUUGAUGAAGGCAUAGAAGUCAUUGAAGAGGGGCAAGAGGAUACUACCACUUCUUCUCUGCCAUCUUCUCAUCCAACAAGUCCUACCUGCAAUGGACAGACCAAUGCAUUCAGUGAGGGCCGUCAAGACGAGUCUACUUCAGCCAUGUCUGACCAGUCUUCAGCUGCACCAAAGCCUCUGGACAAGAUGAGCGCAGCUCCAUCCAGAUUUGCACAGGCAGUGGCAUCUCGCCUCAAGAGUCACGGGAAAGCACCCCAGUGGUCCACACAGUACACUUCCCUCACCACGUAGGUCUACAUAUCAGUAUGGUGCCUGACUGGCUGGAAGAGAGGAUUCACAGCCAACUGAGGACACCACAUUCAGCACGUGACCUCCAAAUAACUUAAUAAUUAAGACAAACUGCAUCCGUUUUCUGACAAGCAACUGACCUGGUUUUUUCAAAAUAUGAUCGUUUUUAUUUUUUAGUGCAAGACACCAUGUUGUCUUAUUUUAUUUUGGACUUGAUGUUCACAGGUUGAACAUGACCAUUUUCUGUUGUGGAGAAGGCCAAAUGUACAGGACAUGAGUUGUUGAACUAACAAUGUCCUGUUUUUUCUUUACUUCCUUUUAAAUGUUCAUUCAAGAUGUGCCAAGGCGGACAUAACGUUGACGUCGGAGCUUUUUUUGUGUAAAACAAAAGCAUUGAUGUAAUUGUGAUUAUGGCUUAUUCUAUGUUUGUGCCGGAAUUUAUUUUCUCCCUCAGGAUGUACAUUUUUUUUUAUGUUCUCACACAUGAACAAUGCAGUAAAACUCGUGAACUCUAUUUCAGACUGGUUUGCUUUUUAGUCACCAGGUGGCAGAAGAGCAUUGUUUCUAAGUGAAUAUCACAGCAGUAUCCAUUUGUGAGGUCUUUUUUAUCAUCUGAAUUCUGAUGGACGUAUCCCAAUUUUGUAUCAUUUUAAAAUAAAUAAUAAUUACUGUUGUUUUGUAUUUACUCAGGAGCCAUGAAUAAAUAGAGACAAAACAUUAUAAUAACAUUUAAAUUCAAAAGGUGUCUUAGAGUUUUUCCUGGAUG